CUGGCAGCUUCUGUGCUGCUCCUUCCUUUCAACGCCGUUUAAUAAUUAUAGCUAGCACCUUACUGUAACUUUCUUUCCUCGCGAUUAUACGCGUAAAUACGGAGUUUCUUAUGCUAGCACCAAUAUUGGUAUACGUACGCAUCCCUCUUGCCUUAUUAAACGGCCCUAGCACGGCUAAAUAUAUAUAGCGACGCCUCUGCCUGUCGCAUCUCCGGGGGGCAUCACCUGUUAGAUUUGUCAUCAGCAAUCUCUCCCUUAAAACAACUCAAUAAAGACAAAGGAAAUAUAUAUAGGUGCCGCCAGGUGUUUGUAAAUAUUUAUUACGCUUGACGUCACAAACUUAAAGCUUUAUUUCCAUCCUGCUUUCAACCUAAUACAACCUAAUACAGGCACGACGGCACUCAACAACAUGACUGAUGUCGCAUUGCCUCCAAACAACCACCCGACUCUAGAUCACGACAACAACAUCGACAGCAAUAACAAUAACGACGCAGCUUCACAGCAACAGAAGCAGAUGCCGUCAUCAACAAACAGCCACAUCGACAACAAUGAAGCGAUCGGCGCAGAAGCCACCGGCGACAUGCAAGUAGACGCGGCCCCGUCAGCACCGUCAGCGUCAGCGCCGGACAUGGAGACGGACCAGGAGCAUCACGACGAAAUCAACAGUGACAGCGAGGGUGAGAGUGAGAAUGCCGCCGAUCGGGAGACUGUCAGCAUCACCGUGUCGCAUCGAGGCCACAAGUUUCCCUUUGAGAUCGAGGCCGAUCUCACCGUCACCGACUUGUUCCACGAGAUCGAGAAUGUUCUAGAGAUUCCUUUUGAGAACAUCAAGGUCAUGGUACCCAAGGGCCCCUUCCUCAAGGCGCCCUUCAAGGAUCCCGAGUAUCAGGUCAAGAACCUCGCUGGAAAGACUGUCACCGUCAUGGGCUCGACCUCUGCCGAUGUUCAGGCCGUCCAGGCCAUGUGCCAGAAGCUCAGCAAGAUGAAGGCGGCACGGGAAGCCCAGCGCUCCAAGGCAAAGGCUAAAGGUCCGGCUCGGCGUCGCGGACUGCAAGCUGCAGAAGACUCCAAAUACACUUUCUUGCAGGUUCGACCGCUCUCCGGAUUACCGCAUCCCGAGCGCAGCCUCAAACUAUUGAACCGGCUUAAAGAGGACCCGGGUAUCAGAGCAGCUAUGCGAAAGCACAAGUUUACCGUCGCUCUUCUGACGGAGAUGGAGCCGCUGGCGCACACGGAAACAACACACGAAGGAACAUCGCGCAUUUUGGGUCUCAACCGCAACCAGGGUGAGGUGAUUGAGCUGCGACUACGAACUGACGCCCAUGACGGCUAUCGUGACUACAAGACGAUCCGCAAGACACUCUGUCACGAGCUCACUCACAACGUUCAUGGCCCUCAUGACCGACAGUUUUGGGAUCUUUGCCACCAAAUUGAGCGCGAGGUAGACGCUGCCGACUGGAAGUCUAACGGCCGGACAAUCGGCGAGACAUCACGAUAUCACAUCUCAGGCCAGGACGAAGAGGAUGUUCACGAGGACGACGGCGGCUGGACUGGUGGCGAGUUUGUCCUAGGCGGUAACAAACUGAGCAGCGCAGGACUCAGUCGACGAGAGAUUUUGGCGCAGGCGGCGCUGGACAGACAAAGGAAGGAAGAGGUUGAGGAGUGUAAUGCGGAGAAAGGCUGGCGGCCGUGCCAGAGACCGCAGCCGAACAAUGACCGCAAUUUGUGAGGUCAAAAAGGAAGGGUGAAGAAGCAUUUGCAUCAGUUGGCGUUAUAAUGGCAGUGGGGAUCAAAGCAGUUGCUUUGGAUUUAUUAUUUGUCACUUGGGAGCGUGUUGGAACGGGGCAUUGCCCCGAGUUGUGAAUUUAGACGGAAUCAUUGCG